AUGAAAACCGUUGAAGAAACUGAACUUUGUUUCCCACAACUGCUUAAUGCAUCCUGCAGAAAGACUAUUUUGCCUCCAUCUGUAUCCUUGGUCAUUUACUUAACAUUUUCUUCCAUCUCUCUGCUUACAGUAUUGCUUAAUCUGCUAGUCAUCAUCUCCAUUUGCCACUUCAAGAAGCUCCAUAGCCCCACCAACAUCCUCCUGCUCUCUCUGGCUGUCUCAGAUUGCAUGGUGGGAUUCCUAAUUUUAUUUCAAAUAGUUCUGAUAGAUGGCUGCUGGUAUCUUGGUGACAUCAUUUGUGUACUGUAUGUUAAUUUGGACUAUGUUAUCACUACUACCUCAAUAGGAACCAUGGUGCUUAUUUCUGUUGAUCGUUACAUUGCCAUUUGUUAUCCCCUGCAUUACCCCAGCAAAGUCACUGAAGAACGAGCAAAGAUGUGUGUUUCUGUGUUUUGGAUGUGCUCAAUUCUCUAUCAUUGUGUUCUACUGAGGGACAACCUACAACACCCAGGCAGGUAUAAUUCCUGCUCAGGAGAGUGUCUAGGUUUUCUAGAUUAUAUUGGGGGCGUUUUUGACCUUUUGUCAUCCUUUAUUUGCCCUGUCACUCUGAUUAUCCUUCUGUAUGUGAGAGUGUUUGUAGUUGUUGUGUCUCAGGCUCGAGCCAUGCAAUCUCGUGUUGCAGCUGCCUCUCUUCAGGGUUCAGUGAAAGUCACAGCUAAGCAAUCUGAAAUUAAGGCAGCCAUAACACUGAGUGUCGUUGUGGUUGUGUUUCUUAUAUGCACCUGCCCAUAUUUCUGUGUUACACUAAUAACAGAAGAUGCUGCAGUUAGUGCUUCAUCUGGGACCUUCAUUCUUUUUUAUUUUAAUUCCACCUUGAACCCACUGAUCUAUGCACUAUUUUACCCCUGGUUUAGGAAAUCUGUUAAACUAAUUCUCACACUGCGGAUCCUAAAGCCAGACUCGUGCAACACCAUCAUAGUGUAAAGAGAACUUUCAGUUUUCUUCAUAGUUUAUAAAGAGCCACUUCUGGAUUUAAAUAAAUCUUUUAAUAGUCAACACAUGUCUCUGAUGGAAUUGUAUUGUUUUAAUUAGACCCUCUUUCAUUAGACCUUAUAAAGCCCUCUGAACCUUUUA